GAGAGAAGGAAGGAGGGAGAGUCAGAGAGAGGGAGGGAGAAGGAGAGAGAGAGAGAGAGCGAGAGAGAGCAGCUGAGUCCGAAACAGAAGUGACCGCUAGCUUCAUGUCAACCGUUACAGCCGUUACUGAACUAGCAGGAGCGGAAAUCUUUACCCGGGGGAAGAAGAAGAGGGGGACACACACAGAGGCAGAGAGAGAGGGGGGGUCGCUUAUGAAGGGACACUCUGGACUGUAUUUCCUCACGUUUGAACCGACUGAAUUAUUUUUUUUUAAACCUAUUUUUCCAAGCAUCUCGGGAAAUAAGAGCUGUCGGAAAAGGAAGGUUAGCUAGCCACCGCCAUCUCCUCUCCUCUCCUCUCUCCUCAGUCGGAGCCGUGUCUUCCACACACCAUGGGGAACGCUGCCACCGCCAAGAAGGGCAACGAGCUAGAGAGCGAGACGUUUGUGAAAGAGUUUUUAGCCAAAGCCAAAGAAGAUUUCUUACGGAAGUGGGAAUGCCCACCACAGAGCACGACGUGCCUCGACGACUUUGAGAGACUAAAGACGCUGGGUACCGGCUCGUUUGGAAGAGUCAUGCUGGUGAAACACAAAGGAACAGAGCAAUAUUUUGCCAUGAAAAUACUGGACAAGCAGAAGGUGGUGAAGCUCAAGCAAAUAGAACACACACUAAACGAGAAGAGGAUAUUACAGGCUGUGAGCUUCCCCUUUCUUGUCAAACUAGAGUAUGCGUUUAAGGACAACUCCAAUUUGUACAUGGUGAUGGAAUAUGUUCCAGGAGGAGAGAUGUUCUCACACCUAAGACGAAUCGGAAGGUUCAGUGAACCACAUGCACGGUUUUAUGCCGCCCAGAUAGUGCUGACCUUUGAGUACCUCCAUUCACUAGAUCUCAUAUACAGAGAUCUGAAACCCGAGAACCUGCUAAUUGAUCACCACGGCUAUAUUCAGGUGACAGACUUUGGAUUUGCCAAGCGGGUAAAAGGCAGGACCUGGACGUUGUGUGGGACACCGGAGUACCUGGCGCCAGAAAUCAUUCUCAGCAAAGGCUAUAACAAAGCUGUGGACUGGUGGGCCCUCGGAGUCCUCAUCUAUGAAAUGGCAGCUGGUUACCCUCCAUUCUUUGCAGACCAGCCAAUUCAGAUCUAUGAGAAGAUUGUGUCCGGGAAGGUACGGUUCCCGUCCCACUUCAGCUCCGACCUGAAGGACCUGUUGAGAAACCUGCUGCAGGUGGAUCUGACCAAACGUUACGGCAACCUGAAGAACGGAGUCAACGACAUCAAGGGCCACAAAUGGUUUGCCACAACAGACUGGAUCGCAAUCUACGAGAGAAAGGUGGAAGCCCCGUUCAUACCAAAGUGCAGAGGCCCAGGCGACACCAGCAACUUCGACGACUACGAGGAGGAGGAAGUCCGUGUUUCUGUAACGGAAAAAUGCGGGAAGGAGUUUGCCGAGUUUUAGGAUGCGAGAACAUGGAUAUAUCAGGGAAAUAAGGGGAUCUUUGCACUCUUCUAAAGACUUGGGAUGGAGCAGAGACCAUCGUUUUGCAGAUCUACUACAUAGUCCCUUCAUAAGGCUGAAUGAGGUCGCCACAAUCCUUGGGUGCCGAUAACCUCUCACUGUCACGUACACCUGCGUAUUAAAGCAGACUCACCACUUUUUUCUUUUUUUCCUCUUUUUGUACCUACCCACCGUUCUUUAUUUUUUUUUUACUUUGAAGCAGUUAGUCUUGGAUGUUGUUAUCCCCUUUUAAAAAAAAUAUGAUAUUUUUCAAUUUAUGAGGAAACACUGAGACUACGGCCAAUAAGAGUCCACACAUUGUAACUGACUCGUCUACGGCAGGUUGACACACACACACACACACACUCGUGUGCGCUGUAGGCUGCUCCCUCUAGACGUCAGCGAUGUAUAUUUAAUGAUCUGUUACGAGUCCACGUCACAUUGGCUGUUGUCAAAUUCUGGCCAGCUUUCAGAGGUAGCAUUCGUCCUAUGUGCAUAUCUGUCCUUUUUUUAAGACAUUUGAACACGUUGAGUUUUGAAAGCAUGACCAAAUAGAAAACUUUUGGUGACACAAGAAGAGAGGUCCUUUCCUUUCUUUGCUUUUUGCAUAGAGAGCCAAUUCCUCCCCCCCCCCCACACACACACACACAGACGCAUCCAUCCACUGUCUCCUUGGUAUUCUGACCCAGGCACAGCAAGCAAUCGCAGAAAAUGACAAACCUUGUUACUUGUAAAAUGCAAAUCAAGUUGUUUGUUUGAUCCUUUUGGAUCUGUCAGUUACAUGUUUGUCAUUUGGUAUCUUAACUAUUCUUUUGUCGCUGUGUCUUAACAUUAUAGUCACAUUGUCCCUAGAUUUCAGGUCUGCUUAUAAAGACCCUUUGUUAUAGUGGUGUAACGGAUCACGGAUCGAUCCGCGAUCCGUUCGGAUCAGCCCUCACGGUUCGGAUCACGUGUGAACCGCGGAUCAAUUGAGCAUUUUGUCUUCCCUGUAACUUAUAAUGACGGAUGAGGGUGGUGGACAAAUCUGUUAUGGUAUGUAGGCGUUAUUUAAAGAGAAAGACGCACGAUAACAGCAAUACAUCGGCAUGUCCACACAUAUGAAGACACCAUCCCGUCUGUCAGCGACGGGGGACACGCCGUUGUGGAAAACAAAGGAUUUCAAAAUCUGGUUAAAAUGCUUGAGCCACGAUAUGAAAUCCACUCACGCACCCACUUCAGUGUGAAGCUUGUUUAGGCCUCGAUGAGAAGGAAAACACUGACUGCUUUCACCACGGCGGAGUGGAGAUUUGUGCUGCAGACACGCCCCCUCUGUGACAGUCACACAGACACACACCUGGGGCAGGUGCUGACAGAAGUAUCAGA